UUGUUUAGCGCGAAGUCAGUAAUUUCAUCAAAACUCUCGGAUUCUUUUGUUCGCAUCUGUGUAAACAACACACCAAAAAAACCCUAGAAAUCUCCGUUUUUUUUUCCGCCAUUGGAGGGGAUAACUGGUUCGUCUUUGAUCCCGAUUCGGUCUUUAAAACGGGUUCGAGCUUUGUUUUUGCUCAGGCCUUAUAUCUCUGAACCGAAACGUUUUUCUUCUUGAGUUUUGAGAAUGGAGAUGGAUUUGUUUGUAACUCCGGAGAAGCAAAGGCAUAAUCCUUCAGUGAGCUUGGGGAAAACUCCAGUGAGAAGGAAGUUGAUAGUUGAUGAAGAUAGCGAGAUUGGAUCAGAGAAGAAAGGGCAAUCAAGAACUGCUGGAGGUGGGCUUCGCCAAUUUAGCGUUAUGGUUUGCCAGAAGUUGGAAGCCAAGAAGAUAACUACAUACAAGGAGGUUGCGGAUGAAAUUAUAUCAGAUUUUGCAACAAUUAAGCAAAACUCAGAGAAGCCUUUGAAUGACAAUGAGUAUAAUGAGAAGAACAUCAGGCGGAGAGUUUAUGAUGCACUGAAUGUGUUCAUGGCAUUGGAUAUUAUCGCUAGAGAUAAAAAGGAAAUCCGGUGGAAAGGGCUUCCUAUUACCUGCAAAAAAGAUGUGGAAGAAGUUAAGAUGGAUCGAAAUAAGCUUAUGAAUAGUGUGCAAAAGAAGGCUGCUUUUCUUAAGGAAUUGAGAGAAAAGGUUUCAAGUCUUGAGAGUCUUAUGUCGAGAAAUCAGGAGAUGGUUGUGAAAACUGAAGGCCCAGCAGAAGGAUUUACCUUACCAUUCAUUCUACUUGAGACAAAUCCUCAUGCAGUAGUUGAAAUCGAGAUUUCCGAAGAUAUGCAACUUGUACACCUCGACUUCAAUAGCACACCUUUCUCGGUCCAUGACGAUGCUUACAUAUUGAAACUGAUGCAAGAACAGAAGCUACAGCAGAACAUAAUCUCUUCUUCUUCUACGCAUCAUCAAUCUCAACAUUCCUCUGCUCAUUCUUCAUCCAGCUCUUGCAUAGCUUCUGGCACCUCAGGCCCGGUUUGCUGGAACUCGGGAUCCAUUGAUACUCGCUGACCGAGAAAACCGAGAUUCUAGUCCAAAUUACUCGAGAAGAAGAAAGUGAUCUAAUUGGUAUACUAUAAAUUAUACAUCUGGUUUAGUGUCAACUGAGAGAGACUGUAAAAUUGCGAUUCUUAGGCCAA